AUGGACUCGUUCCAGGAGGCCGCCGAUUCCAUCGAAGCUGAAAAGCGGACGGUAGCCGAGUGUCAAUCACAGCCAGAUGCAGUGUUUUUUGGCGAACCGCUUCCUGAACGCUUUCGAUUGGUGGAAGAAGAUUUUCCGAAUUGUGAUCUACUGAUUAUAUUAGGAACUUCACUAGUUGUUCAGCCCUUUGCAUCUCUUGUCGAUCGUGUUCCGCCUAGAUGCCCGCGUCUUCUUAUAAAUUUCGAGGAAGCGGGAAAUGAAGACCCUGUUAUGGUUGUUCUUGGUUUCAGUUGUGGGUUGCAGUUUCAUGGAGCUGACAAUUUCCGUGACGUUGCUUGGCUUGGUGAUUGUGACGAAGGAUGCUUUCUAUUUGCAGAAAAACUUGGUUGGAAGGAUGAACUAAAUUCAUUGAUUGAAAAUGGAUGUGAAAGCGAAGAUUCGGUAGAAACAGGUGCUACUGAAAGUACCUAA